AUGUCGGAGCGGGAAGAGCGGCGGUUUGUGGAGAUUCCUCGGGAGUCGAUCCGGCUCAUGGCAGAGAGCACGGGCCUGGAGCUGAGUGACGAGGUGGCCGCCUUGCUCGCCGAGGAUGUGUGUUACCGCCUCCGAGAGGCCACACAGAAUAGCUCUCAGUUCAUGAAGCACACCAGACGCCGGAAGCUGACGGUGGAGGACUUCAACAGGGCUCUCAGAUGGAGCAGCGUGGAGGCAGUUUGUGGUUACGGAUCCCAGGAGGCGCUGCCCCUGCGCCCAGCCAGAGAGGGCGAGCUCUACUUUCCUGAAGACCGAGAGGUUAACCUGGUGGAGCUGGCCCUGGCCACCAACAUCCCCAAAGGCUGUGCUGAGACAGCUGUGAGGGUUCAUGUCUCCUACCUGGAUGGCAAAGGGAACCUGGCUCCUCAGGGGUCAGUGCCCAGUGCCGUGUCUUCACUCACGGAUGACCUUCUCAAGUACUAUCAGCAAGUGACUCGGGCCGUGCUGGGGGAUGACCCACAGCUGAUGAAGAUUGCUCUCCAGGACUUGCAGACCAACUCCAAGAUCGCGGCUCUUCUGCCCUAUUUCGUGUAUGUGGUCAGUGGGGUGAAAUCUGUAAGCCACGACCUGGAGCAGCUGCACCGGCUGCUGCAGGUGGCAAGGAGCCUGGUUCGGAAUCCACACCUCUGCCUAGGGCCCUAUGUCCGCUCCCUGGUGGGCAGUGUGCUCUACUGCGUCCUGGAGCCACUGGCUGCCUCCAUCAACCCCCUGAAUGACCACUGGACUCUGCGGGACGGGGCUGCCCUGCUACUCAGCCACAUUUUCUGGACUCACGGGGACCUGGUAAGUGGCCUCUACCAGCAGAUCCUGCUCUCCCUGCAGAAGGUUCUGGCCGAUCCCGUGCGACCUCUCUGCUCUCACUACGGGGCAGUUGUGGGGCUGCAUGCCCUGGGCUGGAAGGCGGUAGAACGGGUCCUGUAUCCACACCUGUCCACUUACUGGACAAACCUGCAGGCUGUGCUGGAUGAUUAUUCCGUAUCUAACGCCCAAGUCAAAGCAGAUGGGCACAAAGUCUAUGGAGCCAUUCUGGUAGCGGUGGAGCGACUGCUGAAGAUGAAGGCGCAGGCUGCAGAGGCCAGUAGGGGAGGCCUAAAGGCCAGGGGAUGCCGGCGCCCCGACGACCUGCCCUGGGACAGCCUCCUCCUGCAGGAGUCACCCUCCGGGGGCGGUACAGAGCCAGGCUUUGGGUCCGGCCUCCUGCUGCAGCCAGCAAGCGUGGGGCCGGAGGAUCCUUCCCCUUCGGUGACCCUGGCGGACAUCUACCGAGAGCUCUACGCCUUCUUCGGGGACAGCUUGGCCAUCCGCUUCGGCACAGGCCAGCCCGCGCCCACGGCCCCAAGGCCGCCCGGGGACAAAAAGGAGCCGGCGGCCGCCACAGACUCGGUACGGAAGAUGCCGCAGCUGACCGCCAGCGCCAUGGUCAGCCCGCAGGGCGACGACAGUCCCCGGGGCGCUGGUGGCGGCCCUCCGUCGGCCUCUGCACCCUCCGCCGGGCGCCUCUUCCAGACGGCCUUCCCCGCGCCGCACGGGCCCAGCCCGGCAUCCCGCUACGUGCAGAAGCUGCCCAUGAUCGGCCGCACCGGCCGCCCGGCUCGCCGCUGGGCGCUCUCGGACUACUCGCUCUACCUGCCGCUCUGA